AUGUCGGGCCGGCGAGCUUACGCCAGAGAUGGCGAGAUCGACGAUGAUCUGAGCGAAACUCAGGCCCAAGACGAGAUCUUCAUCGACGACAACAGCGACUACAUCGACGCCAACGACAGCGAAGAGGGCGAGGAUUUGCUCCUUCAAGAUGCUUUGGAAGAGAUGGUCGCCCAAGCGGAAGCGCGAGAUUCCUUCGGCACCCAAUUCGAUGACGAUGACGAAGACUCCGAGUACAUCCCAUCAGACGAAGACGUGUACCAGGACCUCAUUCAAGAUGCCGGUGGCCUAGAAAUCGAAAUGGCGGACGACGAUGACGAGGAUGAGGACGAUGACGACGACGACGAGCAAGAUGAUGAUGAUGAUGAGCCGUCCGGGAGAAGAGGACAGAGCAUCACAAUCGAUAUUCGCGAGCUCCUGCGCGCGCAUCUUGCAGCCUCCAACGAGGAGGGAAACACGGAAGACAUUGGAGAACUCAACACAAGAGAGUCGAUAACGAGGGCACUCAACAGCAUCGGUAUCGCAGGCUUGCAACGUCUUCUCGCUGCUGCCACCGGAGGAGCAGUCCAUGAGGAUGACGACGAGAUGGAAGAUGACGACGAUGACGAUGACGACGAUGAAGACAAUUGGUAUCACAUGGCUCGCUCAUCACAGAUGGCCGACUUCUGGGAGCCCACUACAACACCUAUCCGAUCAGGACAAGAGCUCGCCCUUAGCGGCGAAUUCGGUCGUCAACCCAAGCGUCCCCUCGAUGCGUCACCCUCCGCCUUUGCAGAAAGCAGCAACAUGUCCGACCUUCUAUACCAACGCAAAUACGCCCGUCGCCGCAUAGCCAAGGCAGACAUGGCUUCGUUUGUGCCCAACACCAACGGCACCAUCGUCGCAUCGUAUCCGGCGCGCGUCUACUGCGGACAGUACUCUCAAGACUCUUCCUUCUUUUACACCUGCACGCAGGAUUUCCGUGUCCAUAUGUACGACACUACCGUAGCAGGACCAAAGACCGUCCAGGUGCACGACGAUGGACCAAGGCGUGUCCGCAAUAGCUGGUUCUUUAGCUCCAUGGGCACGACGCAGUAUACAUCGCUCAACAUGACCAAAAGUAUCCAAGGCAGGCAGGGCAACUGGACCAUCACCGACGCCAAUCUGAGCCCGGACAACCAGUGGAUGAUCUACUCGAGCAUCACACCGUUUGUGCAUCUCGUGCCCACAAAGCAGCACUUUGAGUCCGGGGGCAGGACGCCGAGCGAUAACCAGGUCAUGCUUGACUUUAGCAACACCGGAGACGACGACACUGGGAUCUGGUCGAUUCGCUUCUCUGGCGACUCGCGCGAGAUCGUCGCUGGUGCCCACUUUGGCGACAUUUACGUCUACGACAUUGAAGCUCGUCGACGUGUCCUUCGAGUGGAAGGUCACUCGGACGAUGUCAAUGCCGUCGCAUUCGCCGAUGCUGCGUCUUCCAACGUGCUCAUCUCGGGCUCGGACGAUUCGUUUGUCAAAGUGUGGGAUCGUCGCUCGCUAUCGGGUGGAAAGCCGGCGGGUGUGCUGAUGGGUCAUACGGAAGGUGUCACCUACGUCUCGCCGAAAGGCGACGGUCGAUACUGCAUCUCGAACGGCAAGGACCAAUCGUGUCGAUUGUGGGACCUCCGCAUGAUGCACAGCUCGUCCAAGUUUGACCGCAUGACGCACCUCGACUACGGCUUGAGAAAUUGGGACUACCGGAACAUGUCGUACAGACAGCCGCGCUACCAGGCGCAUCCGCAGGAUUGUUCGGUGAUGACGUACCGUGGUCAUGCGGUGCUCAAGACGUUGAUCCGAUGUCACUUUUCGCCUGCCGAAACGACGGGUCAGAAAUACAUCUACAGUGGCAGUGCCGACGGCAAGAUUCACAUUUGGAACCUCGACGGCACCGUUGCGCAGGUUCUGGAUCGAUCCAAAGUACGACCUCUGUAUGCAGAGAAAGAUCCUUCCAACCAGAUCCACGCCUACAAAGGCCCAGGAGGGGACGACAACGAAGAAUCCGACGACGACGACGCCGACGUCUUCCGCGAGCCAGGCCUAGCCUCAGACCCAUCGUCACCGCCACUGCCGUGGUUCAAACGCAAGCAUCCACGCCGACACGCUUCGGCCGCCAACAGCGGCUUUGACAAUCCACUCGCGAGCGGAAGAGGCGGAAGAGCAGGGAGGGGACACAGAGGGACAGGUGGCGGUGCGGCGUGCACGGUGCGAGACGUCAGUUGGCACCCGCAGGAACCGAGUCUCAUGUCGACGGCCUGGGACGGAAACGACGGUGAUUCGGGAAGCAUCGCCAAGCACGAAUUGGCGGAUUGGUCAAAGAGACACAUGACGUUGGAGGAUGUGCAGGCGCAGAUGGCGCUCGAAGCUCAAGGGUGA